CGUAAUAAUAUAGAUUAUAGGUAUAUGUAUAUGCGGGCGUAUCAGUAGCUUAGUAUAUAAACUCGGUAGACAACCCUUGAGCAAACAUAGUCGUACAGCACUUGCCCGGUACACGGAUAAACAACAAUAUGAAGGUAAUAAUCUUAGCCGCCGUUAUAGUCUGUAGCGUAUCAGCUGGUCUGAUAGCACCCGCACCGUACGGCUACGCACGGCCCUACGGUCUGGCACAUGUAGCGGCUCCCAUCGCAGUUGCCAGACCGGCCAUCGCGGUGGCCAGGCCAGCUGCGUAUGCCGCUGCUGUGGACGACUACGACCCCAACCCUCAAUACUCUUAUGCGUAUGACAUUCAAGACGCUUUGACGGGAGACUCCAAGAGCCAACACGAGACACGAUCAGGGGACGUCGUGCAAGGAUUUUAUUCCCUUGUCGACCCCGAUGGCACCAAGCGUACCGUUGAAUACACCGCUGAUCCCCACAACGGUUUCAACGCUGUAGUCCACAGAGAACCGCUAGGCGCUGUAAAAGCUGUCGCGCCUGUAGCUGCUUAUCACUAGAAACUUUCAAUAGUUUCAAUAUAAAAUACCUUUUAUUUAACGCCUUUACAUAUGUUCGUUAUAAUCCAGUAGUACUUACAUCUGUUAAUCUAGCGUCGACAAUAUUUGAAAGAUAUUUUAUAUUGAAACGAGAUGAUUUCUUGAGGAGACCAUAAUAUUGUUAUUUAUUGAAAUAUGUUAAAUGUAUGUUAAUGCUAAGGUAAUAAAUAAGAGGAAUCGUAAA